AUGGCAGCCAUUUUUGAGAAGCUGCCAACAUCGCUGCCGACGGCGGAUCGGCCUGACUCGAUGGCGUCCGUCGCUUCGAUUCUCACCAACGACUCCGUCGCUACAGACGCUACAGAAACUCUGCCUAGAAAACCCUCUUCCGAGGAGUGUCAUGACGAGGCAGACGAAGGCGAUGACUCGCUUGUCUUUGCCAUCAGGGCAUUGCGCCUGCUCGAUAACCCGCAGUCUGCUGCUACCGAAGCGAUCCAGGCCUUCGACCCAAAAGCCAAUCUGCACCCGGAUCUCGUUCGACUCUUGGUUGCCGCGGCCAUGAAGCACCCGGAUGUUGCGCAGGGGCUGAUAGAGCUAGGUCAGAAUCUUCACGGCGGCCAGUUUGGUCGCUCAGGGGUCUUGCAGCAUCAAGGUGAUCCUCUCUACCAGCAACCGACAGGCGUAUUGGACCAAAUCAGCAUUUCUUCGCUACUUUCCAGCAUCAAUGAAUCUACAGCCAGGAGGGCGCCUUCUCCAAACAGGGACACUGCCUCUGCCCCGUCUUUGAAGCGCCGCCUGAGUGUCUUGUCCACAAAGAAGGGAGCGGAGACACAGCAGGCCCCGCCCAAGAGGAAAGAGAAGAUCUCAGUGGACACCAUAAGGAAGAUAUGCAAGGCAAACAUCAAGGACACCAAAGAGAGCAUCGACAAGCUGGAGCAAGCUGACUUUGCCGACGAAUUCUUGAGCGCAGAUGAGUUGAAGAGACAGGCUGAGGAGUACCUGGGCCACGAAACAGGGAAAUUCGCGCUGUGCCUCGCUCUUACCCUGCGCAACGAGGAGCAGCGGUGGGAGAGCGUCACCCAUCUCAUGACCACCAUGGCGGACAAGCUCAAAAUCCUCCUUUCAACAAAGGGCCGGUUCAGCCCAUCAGGAGACGUUGGCCUCCCCGGUCAGGACGGGUUCGGCAUCCGGGACUGCUGGGUCGUCCUCUCGGAAGCUGAACAGGAGAGGUUGGCCCUCGACAAACAGUGGGUGAAGCAGCUUAGGGAGGCGGCACAGGUUGCCCCCCGGCACGCGGCCAUGGUCUGGGAGAUCUUGGAGAUGUGCGAUAAGAUCCAAGAGACUGUCGCGCCCUUGCGGUCAUCCGAGGAGAGGGCUGGGUGCCGAGAUAGCAUCGCGGCCCGCCUGGAGGAGAGCUUCGAGCCGCCAGAGACCCCAAAGGCAUCGACCGAGAACAAGGUGAUCAAGCGCCCUGCCAUGACGGCGCGCUCCCCAGAGGAGAUCACAGACAGGUGGUGCUUUUUCUUCGACCUCCUCGACGAGGAGGCUGCCAGACGGUGCUUCCGCGAGCUCAGACUGCUCCGACAGCUCUUCAACGCUGCCAAGCAGGCACCAACCGACCGCAUGGCGAACCUCAAGUCGAAGGCGAGAAAGGCGUUUGCCGAGAAGCAGGAUGAUGACCUGGAGCGCUGGUUGGAUACCAAGUGGGCCAUGUCAGCGAUGAAGGGGUUCAUGAUGACCAAGGCCGAACUGUACGAUGUCGACGGCAGCGCAGACAGCUUGAGCAAACUGGAGAAGCUGGAUGAUGCGUUCUGCAAGUGCUUCUGGGGAUGUCUCGGGUCGGGUGACCACAAGCGGCUGGCACAGGAGGAUGGCAAGAAGUGGGUGACUGACAUCAUGAAGGUCUUCCAGCAUCGAAGGAGGUACGAGGUCAUGUUCAGGUUGAGGGACAUUCUUCACUUUAUGCAGGCGAACAUGUAA